UUGGUUAAGCCAAGAAGCCGCGGCGCGCGUGUCGAACGCUCCGCUCCACCACUCAAUACAUAACAAACACUAGACUACUGCUGCUGCUGCUGCUUUCUGCUGCUGCUGCUGCUGUCUUCUACCUCCUGUUGUGUCAGCAGACCGCAGUCCUCACCUCUGCUCUCCUGCUUUCUUAACAUGCUAUCUGUAAGGCAAAUAUAAAGGAUGUGGGCUAGGUUUGGAGCCUACUCUACUAUUCUGAAGUAAACUCGGUAUUCAGAGCCACUGAACCUGUCCCCAUUAUGCAACCUCAAACACUUCAAGAAAUAUGUUUGGAUGAAGCAUGUUUGAUCCCAACAGAAUCCUACUCGAGGCUGCCAUGGACCUUAAAAGACCAACUAAUAAAGAAAUUAACCAGAAGAGGAAAAUGUAAUGAUUCCAUUUUUUCAUGGCUGCUUCAUUCUCGUGUGACUGAGCUUGAUCUACAUGAUUGCAUAAUAUCUGAUGCUGCACUAGACAGUCUUGAGGUGGCUAAGAGUUUGAAGGUUUUGCAUUUGCCUGAGCCUCCUGUUGUUGAUAAUAAUAAUUUUUCAGAAAACUCACUUAUUCGACUUGGGGAAGGAAAGCCAAAGCUAAGAGUAGUGGCUCUCAAUGGCCUUUCUGGAGUGACUGAUCGUGUCAUUGGAUCAUUGGUGGGAGGCUGUCCUCAGCUGCAGGAGUUACAUAUCUCAUCAACAACUAUCACAAACCAUGCUCUCACUGCUCUUGCAACUUUAACGCAACUAGUCAGCUUAAAUAUUGGUAAAACACAGAUUAGUGACUUGGGGAUUCAGCAGUUAGUCAGCGGAGGAGUUGGUCAUAGUCUGCGAGAACUGCGUAUUGAUGGGUGUGCACGUCUCACUGAUGAUAGUAUUGAAUCAAUUUGUCACUGUUGUACUCAUCUUAAUAUUCUGUGUUUCCAUCAUUGCCCAAGAUUAUCAGAUCGUUCCCGAGAACUAGUGGAUGAAUACAAGGCAUGGAGGAUGAAGCAACUUACAUGGACUGUGUACUGAUUUAUGUAAUGUUGACAAGUAAUGGAUUUAGUUAUAUCUAGCUGUUAAUCUUGCAAUCUAUCUAUUCUGUCAGUUAAGUUCAAUUUUCUUAAAUUUCUAUAAAUACAGUGAAGGUUUAUAACUACAGUAGUACAGUACUUCAUUAUUUUAUGACAUGGCUUCAGUGACUUAGGUCUGUGCUUGCUUACAAGCAGUUUAUUAUAAGCUUGUCACAAGAUAGCUGGCUUGUGACUCCUUCCUGAAUUGUCUGAAAUGUUAAUUUUCAUAAUAAUGAAUAGUGUCUGUAAUUUAAUAUAAUGUAUUUUAAACAAAAUACUUCAUAUGUAUUCUUUACAUAUAAUACAAUUAAAGUUUCCCAAAAACACAUUUUAUAACUACAGUAUUGGCAAAGUAUGUUACAGUACUAUUUAAAAUGAAUUUCUCAUUUAUAUACCUCAUUCUUAGUUAAAUAGGUGCUAAUUAUUAAUAAAUUAUAAUUUGCAAUAAUUAUAAUUAAAUUUGUAUUUCUAAAUGAUGUGGGUGGUUACUAUCAUGUUCAAGAUUUUAAGAACUAUCCAUAUCUGAAAGCAAUUAGAAAUUCAUAACUACCAAAGAAAAAUUACAUCUGAAUGUGUUAUAGUCCCCUUUAUCAGGUGUAAACUUUUUUAAGCUGAAAAGAAAGAAUGGAAACUACAGAAUCAUUUUCAGCAUGUGCAUGCUCAAUAGGUUUGCCAAAUUCAUUUCGUUCUUCCUGUAAAGAUUAUUGUAAAAUUUUCACUUGCAAUAGAUUUAAGAAAAAGAUGUACGAGCUCAAGAUCAGUUCUGGUGGUGUUAAAAUAAGAGAGCAGAAGCUACUGAAGGACAUGUAUCAGAAACAUGUAGGAUCUUUACUUACAUGUAAGUACUGUAUUUGCAGACCUAGAUAUUAUUUUAGAAAAGUAAAUUUAAUUAUUUAUAUGCUCAUCAACUUUACUUUCUGUUGCCUGAUCUAUAUGUAAGCAUUAAUACUCAUAUUGCUUUUCAGUUCAAGAUUAAGAUACAUUACAAAUGUUUUGCUAGUAUAUUUCAGGCAGCAGAGUGUGACUUAUUGAAUUUUACAUGGAGAGAAACUUGUAUCAGUACAAUACUUGAUUUCUUGCACUUUUAAAUAUUGGCAAACCAACUCGUGUAGACUCGCACUCAUGUUUCGUCUUGUAUUAAUGUCUUUCUAUACUUCCAUUUAUUUUGAGUUUGGAUUGGUAGGUCCUUGAUGACCUCCAUAACAAUGAAAUUUCCCCAUUACCUUGUCCCAAAGUCUUUUUUUUUACUAUACUUCUCCAUUUUCCUAUGGCAUUUUGACAGAGCAGACUUAGAACUUUUUACAUCCUUCACCUCUGUUCACUGCGUGUCACAUUUUCCUGUUCCUCGAUCUCUUUCUUAUCUUUCAGAUAACCUUCCUUAUUGCUGCCCUAUGAUCCAUCCCACAUUAUGCCUCCGGCAGCUCCGAGGGAGUGCUUUUCUUAGUCGAGUUCAAAUUGUUCCCCAUGCUCUCCUAUGUAAGUUCACAGCCUGGAAGAAGUACAAACUCUGGUGUAUAACAGACUUCUUCAUUUUAUUUAAGAAAGCCAUUGCUGUGACUCACUGGGUUCUGAAUGUGAGCUAUGUGGGCUAAGAGUUGGAGGUCUUAUUUCCAAUAUCAUUGUUAACAUAUGUAUCCCUGUAUCUAGAUGAAGAUUUGCAUGAUUGCAAGAUAAAAUUCAUUAGUGAUGUAGCACUUGUCCUUCAUUUUCAUAAUUCAAUUAUUGCUAACCAGGAGUUGUCAUGAAUGAGCACAGUUCUCAAUUCUUAGCCAUCAGCAUCAGUUCUUGCCUACGUCAUUAUUUCCUUCAACCCAUCCUCUCAAAGUGAUAGAAUAUAUCACUUAAUGCAUUAGUGGCAUGUACAAAAUUUGGAUUGUUGUACUCUGAAAAAGUUCAUUUUGUACUACAGUAUUGAAAUACUGAAGGGCAUACCAAAAAGUGGAACAGGGUAAGUAUAAACCUAGGUUUAAGUAGGCAAUUCUAGGUCUAUAAAACAUUCUUAUGCCUAAUUUAGUAC